AUGAGAAGAAACAUCAUCGUAAGCUUUUUGAUUUUACAGAUCCUUGUCGUGUCUUCUUCUCAAUCAGCACCAGGCUUCGAUUUUUUCUACUGGGUCACCUACUGGCCAGGAGCAAUAUGUACUAGCCAAAGAGGAUGCUGUCCUCCAGCAAAAGGCAAUACGGCGUCAGAUUUUGUGAUCCAUGGACUCUGGCCUCAAUUCAACAAUGGCACUUGGCCUGCGUUUUGCGAUCAAACCAAUCUCUUUGAUAUCUCCAAGGUAUCAGAUAUAGUAAGCAGAAUGGAGAAGAAAUGGACAGAGUGGGGAGUGUGGGCAUGUCCAAGCAACGAGACUAAGUUAUGGGAACACGAGUGGAACAAGCAUGGCACGUGCGUCCAGUCUUUAUUCGACCAACACUCUUAUUUCCACACUAAUCUCAAGCUGAGACAAAACCUCGACCUCCUAAACAUCUUUAAACAAAAAGGAAUUAAACCGGAUGAUGGAUAUUACGGUUUGGAAGAGAUCAAGAACGCGAUCAAGGGCGAGCUCGGAUUUGCGCCAGGUAUCCAAUGCGAUGUAGAUGUAGAGGGGAAGAAGCAGCUUUUCCAAAUCUAUAUAUGUCUUGACAAUUACGCGAAAGAGUUUGUGGAAUGCCCGUACGUUCCUGAUAGAUCGUGUGGUUCCAAGAUCAAGUUUCCAAAGUCCCCAAAGAAAGAUUAUCUCGCUGAGAGUCUAAGUGUAAUGGCUUCUAUUUAA